CUGGCAAGCUGAUCAUGGAUUGCCACGAUGAAACGCGAGCUAGGCUGCCCCUAUUUCAUGGGAGGUCAUACAAGCAAGGUAGCAGUCAAAAUAAGUAGUCCAUGUAUGUAGCGCAGAUGGAAAAAUAAUUAGGCUAUAGUCCUGAAUAUGCAGACUAUGCAUCGGCGCCACGCGGUACAGCCUUCCUUCACCAUGCGUCUCCUGGACUAUCGAAGGGAGAAUUCGUGAGAAUAUCAAGGUCCUGGGGCGCCAUAGUUGGCGUCGAUGCCAUCGUCGCAAAUGAACUGGAACUCGACUGUGAUGUUUUGGUACGCAGCGACGGACGACUUGGAAUGGGCGGUGGAGUCGGUGCUGAUCCGCCACUAGUGGUCGCACGCCGAGGAGGGGGCGGUGGUGGUGCGGGCUUCCUAGCAGCCGGUGCACUCAAAGACUGCUCUAUCGGUCGUCUAGGCGGGACAAGGCGCUCCGCUGGUGGUCUGUGCACCCUGUCAUUGUCCGAGUCGGAUGACUUCCGCGCGGGUACGAGUCGUUCCUCGUCAUCCUCUUCACCGCUCAAGCCUCCGCCCGAGUCGAACUGACCGUGCACCGGGCUCAAACUGUCUGCAAAGUGGUGGUCGCCAAAUGGAUGUUCGUCGUCCGAUGAGCUCACAUCGAAAUCACGCUCGUCAGUAGAGCCUU